GUCGUCGCCUUUCCCUUCCUCGCCCGGCGCCCUGUUCGGUCGCCGCUGCCCAAGGCGCCUGAGAACCGGCUCCAACCUUCAGGGCCUUCAGUCUCCUGAGAUGCUGCUCCUUCUUUGCUGCCCGCCCCUUCCUUCCCGGCAGGGACGACUUCCACCGCCCGCUGAGCGCCCACUGCCCGUGGGCCUUCCCGAGGUCUCGCCUCACAGCCAAGCCGUGAGGCCCGCUCCUUUCCUGGUAUCCGGCUGCCGCCCUGCCCUGCCCUGCCUGAUGGCUCCCCUGAACUUUGUUUUCUCUUCCCUGAGGUUGAUCUUGGCUGGGCGCCGCCAAGGGCUUCCCAACCUUUCUUUCUCCGCUGCUCUGAAAUGAGCAUCCUUCUCUCCGCCCCGGCCCCAAACGCAAGACGUGAAAUCUGUUGAAGACAAAUUUGAAAUUCGAGGGGAGCCAACACUUUAUUAGCUUUUGUUUUCUCUUCUUUUGUUGCUGUUACUACUGCUCUUCUGUUCUGAGAUUUAGCACCAGAUACCCAGAGAAACACAAGGAGUUCAUUCAGAAGUGAUAAUCAAGCGGUUGAUGAGUCACAUUUCGAAGGAUCCACUGAACCCUCUUCAGCAGCAGCCCAUGUGGCUCAUGACAGUGAAAAGUCACAUGUCAGAGUGAUGUGAAAUCAGUGGGAUAUGAGCCUCUUCCUCCAACAAUAGGACGAAAUAUUUUUGGGCGGCAAGUUUGUCAGCUUCCAGGUCUCUUUUGUUAUGCUCAGCACAUUGCAAGCAUCGAUGGGAAGCGUGGGUUGUUCACAGGCUUAACUCCAAGACUGUGUUCAGGGGUCCUUGGAACUGUGGUCCAUGGUAAAGUUUUACAGAGUUUCUGCUGAGAAAUCAGCUGUUAACCUUAUGGGAGUUCCUUUGUAUGUUAUUUGUCAUGUUUCCUCAUUCUGUGAGGCCACCAUCACCCUGAUACCAAAACCAGACAAAGAAACUACAAAAAAAGAAAAUUACAGACCAAUAUCACUGAUGAAUACAGAUGCAAAAAUCCUCAACAAAAACUAGCAAACAGAAUCCAACAACACAUUAAAAGGAUCAUACACCAUAAUCAAGUGGGAUUUAUCCCAGGGAUGCAAGGAUUCUUCAAUAUACGCAAAUCAAGCAAUGUGAUACACCAUAUUAACAAACUGAAGAAUAAAAACCAUAUGAUCAUCUCAAUAGAUGGAGAAAAAGCUUUUGACAAAAUUCAACACCCAUUUAUGAUAAAACCUCUCCAGAAAGUGGGCAUAGAGGGAACCUACCUCAACAUAAUAAAGGCCAUAUACAACAAACCCAUAGCAAACAUCAUUCUCAAUGGUGAAAAACUGAAAGCAUUUCCUCUAAGAUCAGGAACAAGACAAGGAUAUCCACUCUCAUCACUGCUGUUCAACAUAGAUUUGGAAGUCCUAGCCACAGCCAUCAGAGAAGAAAAAGAAAGAAAAGGAAUACAAAUUGGAGAAGAAGAAGUAAAACUGUCACUGUUUGCAGAUGACAUGGUACUAUACUUAGAGAAUCCUAAGGAUGCCACCAGAAAACUACUAGAGCUAAUCAACGAAUUUGGUAAAGUUGCAGGAUACAAAAUUAAUGCACAGAAAUCUCUUGCAUUCCUAUACACUAAUGAUGAAAAAUCUGAAACAGAAAUUAAGGAAACACUCCCAUUUACCACUGUAACAAAAAGAAUAAAAUAUCUAGGAAUAAACCUACGUAGGGAGACAAAAGUCCUGUAUGCAGAAAACUAUAAGACACUGAUGAAAGAAAUUAAAGAUGAUACAAACAGAUGGAGAGAUAUACCAUGUUCUUGGAUUGGAAGAAUCAAUAUUGUGAAAAUGACUAUGCUACCCAAAGCAAUCUACAGUUUCAGUGCAAUCCCUAUCAAAUUACCAAUGGCAUUUUUUACAGAACUAGAACAAAAAAUCUUAAAAUUUGUAUGGAGACACAAAAGACCCCGAAUAGCCAAAGCAGUCUUGAGGGGAAAAAAUGGAGCUGGAGGAAUCAGACUCCCUGACUUCAGACUAUACUACAAAGCUACAGUAAUGAAGACGAUAUGGUAUGGGCACAAAAACAGAAAUAGAUCAAUGGAACAAGAUAGAAAGCCCAGAGAUAAACCCACGCACUUAUGGUCAACUAAUCUAUGACAAAGGAGGCAAGGAUAUACAAUGGAGAAAAGACCGUCUCUUCAAUAAGUGAUGCUGGGAAAACUGGACAGAUACAUGUAAAAUAAUGAAAUUAGAAUACUCCCUAACACCAUACACAAAAAUAAAUAAAAUGAAUUCGAGACCUAAAUGUAAGACAGGACACUAUAGAACUCUUAGAGGAAAACAUAGGCAGAACACUCUUUGACAUAAAUCACAGCAAGAUAUUUUUUGAUCCACCUCCUGAAGUAAUGGAAAUAAAAACAGAAAUAAACAGAUGGGACCUAAUGAAACUUAAAAUCUUUUGCAAAGCAAAGGAAACUACAAACAACGAAAAGACAACCCUCAGAAUGGGAGAAAAUAUUUGCAAACAAAGCAAUGUACAAAGGAUUACCCUCCAAAAUAUAUAAACAGCUCAUGCAGCUCAAUAUUAAAAAAACAACCCAAUCCAAAAAUUGGCAGAAGACCUAAAUAGGCAUUUCUCCAAAGAAGACAUACAGAUGGUCAAGAAGCACAGGAAAAACUGCUCAACAUCACUAAUUAUUAGAGAAAUGCAAAUCAAAACUACAAUGAGGUAUCACCUCACACCAGUUAGAAUGGGCAUCAUGAGAAAAAUCUACAAAGAACAAAUGCUGGAGAGGGUGUGGAGAAAGGGGAACUCUCUUGCACUGUUGGUGGGAAUGUAAAGUGAUACAGCCACUAGGGAGAACAGUAUGGAGCUUCCUUAAAAAAAACUAAAAAUAGAAUUACCAUAUGACCCAGCAAUCCCAGUACUGGGUAUAUACCCAGAGAAAACCAUAAUUCAAAAAGACACAUGCACCCCAAAGUUCAUUGCAGCACUAUUUACAAUAGCCAGGUCAUGGAAGAAACCUAAAUGCCCAUCGAUAGACGAAUGGAUAAAGAUGAUGUGGUACAUAUAUACAAUGGAAUAUUACUCAGCCAUAAAAAGGAACGAAAUUGGGUCAUUUUUAGAGACAUGGACGAAUCUAGAAACUGUCAUAUAGAGUGAAGCCAGAAAGGAAAACAAAUAUCAUAUAUUAACACGUAAAUGUGGAACCUAGAAAAAUGGUACAGAUGAACCGGUUUGCAGGGCAGAAUUUGAGACACAGAUGUAGAGAAGAAACUUAUGGACACCAAGGAGGGAAUGAGGUGGGGCUGGGGGUGUGGUGGUGUGAUGAAUUGGGAGAUUGGGAUUGACAUAUAUAUAUACUAGUAUGUAUAAAAUGGAUAACUAAAGAACCUGCUGUAUAAAAAUAAAUAAAUGAAAUUCAAAAAUUCAAAUAAAUAAAUAAAAAUAAUGUUCUUGGA